AUGCAGGCCGGAGGGAGUGCGGCCGACCCGGGGUCCCGGGCAGGGCCGAGGCUGUGCCGGGCCGGCUCUGCGGGCAGCCCCCGGGCCCGCCGAGGGUCGGGCCGCACUCGCUCCCCGCGGGAGGAGAAGCGCGGGAGGACUGGAGGGAAAGGAGGCGGCCAAGCCCGGCGCCUUCCCGGCCGGGAAGGGAAGAGCGGGCGCAAGGAGCAGAGAGGAGGGGCAGCGGAAGGGGCUGGAGGAGCCGGGACCUCGGUCUCCCCACCCCCGCCACGGCCGGACGCCCGGAGUCGGGCGGAGCCGCUUCUCCCGGCCGGAGCCGGGGCUUCGCCGCCGCCAAAAGCGCUGGGAAAACCGAGGGCGGCCCCGAGUGUGCGGACGACGUGGACGGCCGGGCCUGGCGCGGUGCCCCGGGCGCUCCAAGGCGCGCGGGGCCGGGUGCCGCCCUCCCCGCCAGACCACCGCUUCCCGGCCUCACGGUGGGCGCACAGGCCGGGGUGCGCUCGGGGAGCCGGGCGGCUCGCGGGGCGCGAGCAGGAGCCGUGGAGGCGCCACGUUCUCGCCGAGCCUCGCGCGGCUGCUCGUAACUCUGCAGCCAGGGCUUGGCUCUCCAGGCGCAAGAUGGGGAGUGGCCUUUGCACAACUUUUCCUGAGGAGCAGGCUGCCCUACUCCGUAGGGCCGUCCCCAUCGCCCUAGAGCGCCUGUUCCUCCAAGGUCAAGAUCUGGGAGGAAGUAGCAGCGAAGGGCGUUACCUGCAGCUGUGGCCCAAACCGUCCGAGGAGGUUUCCUUCUCCUCCCACACGGAGGUAACGGAGCCUCACCUAUUUCCAAGCCUACUUUUCCACCAAAGACGGGAAGUAAUGAGGGCACCCAGGAGAUUCCGGAAAGAGAAAGUGCUCUAUCAGGAACUACAGCAUCCCAAAGUGCAGGGAUCACAGGCCUGAAUCACUUGUCACUGUUCCUAGCCUGGGGCAUGCCUCUUAAAGAAGGAAAUUGAGUUGAGAUCAACGCCCAAGGACACGGAGCUAGUAAGCAGAAAGUCUUCUAGAGUCUGAGCCCCUCACAUCAACACACCGUACAGUGCUGUUGCCGGCAUCUGCAUGUUCAGUGUGGAAAGACUUAGUUUACAAAAAAGAAAAAAAGAGGAAGAAUUUGUGAGACAGUCAAGCAGUGCCGUGCUGCCUCAGUGGUCUGGCCCGUCCUUCCCACAUCCCUUCUCUCUUUCUUGCCGUCUGAGGUGAAAUCCUGAAAACCAUACAAGCCCUCUCUUCAAACCUAACACUAUCCCAUUACUAUUAUUAAAGAGCGCCUAUGAGCCACGGGUCUUUUAAAUCUUUACAAUAUCCAUGUAUAAUAGGUAUAGGGUAUCUCCACUUUGGGGAUUAGGAAAUCGCAGGGUUCAGAGAAGUUAAAGUGAUUUGCCUACUAGGCCAGACCAAUAGUAAGCUAGACUCUGAACCCAGCUCUAUCUGGCUUAAAGAUUUUCUCCCAGGCAUUCUGAUUUUAGAAGCAUCUCUGAGCUCAAACUCCAAAAGGUAAUUUCUUCCUGAUUCCCACUCCUACCCUUCCCCAGAAGUUAAUGAUCUAUAAGGCAAGUUUCUGAAAGUUUCAGCAAAGGCUUAAAGUUUAAAGGAAACCUGGCCCCCAACCUUUUGAGACACAUAUAAUCACCUUCAGUUUAUUUGGGUUACAUUUGUUAUUUUGCAAGGGGGGUUUGUCACAUCUACACAGAGACUUUAUUUAUUUAUUUAGUGACAUCACAGCUCAUAGCAACCUCAAACUCUUGGGCUUAAGCGAUUCUCUUGCCUCAGCCUCCCAAGUAUCUGGAACUGCAGGCGCCCACCACAACGCCUGGCUAUAUUUUUGUUGCUGUCAUUGUCGUUUGGCAGGCCUGGGCCAGUUUCGAACCCCCCACCCCAGUGUAUGUGGCCAGUGCCCUAACCACUGAGUUACGGGCCCUGAGCCUACACAGAGACUUUUUUUUUUUUAACAUGUCAAAAAGAAUCUUUAUUACUUUCAUUAUAGCCUCUUAUGCUUUCUUUCCAGAUGCCUUUGGAGCAGGUGCUCUCUGGGCUAGACCCUUUUGACCCUUCUGAGCUUUUGGAGGAGGUGCUGCCUUCUGGCCUGUGGCUUUCUGGGCAGGAACCUUCUGGGCUGCAGCCCUACACAGAGACUUUAAAAGCCUAAAGACAUGAAUGAGCAAAUCCUUAGAAUGCUAUUGUGUUAUCCCAACAUCUGCGGGUCAGAGGACACGUCUUAUUCCUCUGCGUUCUGUCUGGUUCAGCCCAUAUCUGUUGAGCUCCCAUUAUGCAGCAGGGGCCGGGGAGACAAAAUUUAACACUGUAGAGAACCUGCCCUUGAGGAAUUUCUGGUCCAGUGGAACAGGGGAGGAACAGGCGCAUAAACUCUGGGUGUAAGUGCUCAGAUCCAGGGCAGUGCAGAGGGGUGUGGGUUGCUCAGGGAAAGGCUGAAUUGAGGUGUGUGCAUUGAGUGAAAAGGGUACCCAGGGUACCCGCAGAUCUGGGUCUUAGAGAAUGAGUAAGGAUUAACCAGGCACGGAGGGCUGGGAGACGGCUUUCAGGAGAGGAGAUGAGUGUAGGCACAGCCAAAGCCUGUGACACUGCCUGGUUUUACAGCUACAGGGAAAGGCCAGGGGGCAGGGAGUGAGGCCACAGAGCAGUAUGGUGGGGCCUGGUUGAGGGCCUCAGAGGUCUGGUGGAGGAGCUGGGACUCCAUCCUGUGACAAGGGAACCUCUAGGGAGUGGUUCAGACCACUCCUUAGUCCUUAAACUGGCACGUUUCUAGGCUGAGCAAUUACCUUACUUCCUUAUGUAUCAGACUCUUUCUUGACCAUCUUUUGGAGAGAAAUCUGGGAGGAAAGCACAUGGAUAGUAAAUAGCAAUCAGAUAGUUAUCUUCCUCCAUUUGAACACUAGAGAAAACCAUCGCCCCAAGAAGCCUUUGCCUUUCCCUGGAUGACACAAGCCUCACCCUCCUCCCAACAUCCACCGACGUGCCCUGAACUCUCAGCUGGAAUGAGGAGCCAUGUGGGAUGUGAGGGGAAAGUGAGGGAGGCCAUGCCAGUAGAGCCUUGUGGGGUAGGAAUGGGGUGGGAGGGCCGCCUCUGUCCGCCUCGACUGUACAGCCUGAGGAGUUAUCCAACUGGAAAUCUGAAUCUCCUGGUCAUGGGCACAUGGUCCAAGGAGCAGGAGGAGGUAGCUGACAUUGGCAGCAACUGCUAAGAAUGUUGUUCACAGCCCCAGGGCCUUCCCUCAGGGCCCUAUCAUCUCUUUCCAGCAGAGCAGCAAGAGUGCAGGUGGAUGGGUCUGCUAACCACCUGCUUCUUUCCUACUUAAACCGCCACCCCCCCCCCAGGGCUCCCUUUGGUUCCCAGGGCCCCGUCUGACCAGUGCCUGUGUAGACUCAAGGCUGCGUUUGAGGCUUACUGGGGGAGAAUCUGAUUCCUUAGGUUGGAGAAAGGGCCAGGAAUCUGUGUCCUAAUAAGAUUCUCAAGUGACUGUGAGGCCUAGUCAGUUCAGGGAGCACGGGUCUUCAGGUUAAGACUCAGGCUCCUUCAUAUGGCCUAUGGGUCCCCCCAGCCUCCUCUCACUACCCCUGAGAGCCUACCCUGCAUUCCACCAUAUUGAAUUGCUGCUAGUUCCCCAACUGGCCACUCUUUUCAUGUCUCCUUGCCUUU